AGAAAACUAGAACGGAGAUAACUUUGUUAGCGCCCUUCGACCACGAGCCGCAACCCGGAGCAGGUGAUGCUGCCAUGUAGGAUUGGUAAUGUCCAGGAUUUGCCAAGAAUCCUUCUUUGUGUGUUGGUUUUUCAAGCCCCAUCUUAAUAUUCCCUACCCCCUCCCUGUCGAGACGGAAAAAUAUUCCGUGCCUCUGCCCUUCCCUUCCUCCAGAGCGUCUUCGUUUCCUUCCGUCGCAAGAGCACUGCAACCAGACCGACGACGCCCGGGGCACGGAGGAGAGGUACCCUACCCUCUUCAUCCGCUCUCCACUGCGCGUUAUCCCCCCUCCCUUCUUUGUAACAUUGCCCGACCGGCCUAUACUGUUAUUUUCCAUAAUUUUGCCUCCUUACGGGAUACCGCUUUUUAUUUCCUGGCUGUGUAAUUACAUUACUUGGUAAAGAUUUUCGGAACGUUGCUUCCAGAUCGGAGCGGCCGUCGAUCACCGCCUGGAAUCACUACCGACCCUUACGGCUCGGUAAACAUCGCGGCUGCCUCUCUGGAACGCCACCAUGGAGACCGUUUCGGAAAAAGCGGGCAUCGAGCCGGCGGCGAGGCAGCUCAGCACCUCAUCCCAGUCUCGGCCUUCCACCUCGUCGACGGCUCGUAACGCGGAGGAUCUUGUUGAAGAGGCUCGCCGGAGCAACCCCAAUGGGACGACUCGGGCGACUGGCAUUUCCGUCCAGCAGGCCGAGGCCGACUUUGCUGAGCUCCAGCGCGAGCUCUCUCACAUGUCUCGUGUGAGCCAGAGCCGUGGACGCGGAGACAAGGACAAAACCCAGCUCGAGGAUGGGUCCGCCGACUCUGAGGACACGUAUGAACCGUUCGAUCUCGAAGCUGUUCUGCGAGGCGACCUGGACGCCGAGAGGGAAGCCGGAAUCCGGCCCAAGCACAUCGGCGUCUACUGGGACGGUCUGACGGUCAAGGGCAUCGGCGGGCAGACCAACUACGUCAAGACCUUCCCCGACGCCUUCAUCGACUUUUUCGACGUCAUCACUCCGGUCAUGCGGAUGCUCGGGCUCGGAAAGAAGGGGACUGAGGCUACCCUCCUCAACAACUUCAGGGGUGUCUGCAAACCAGGCGAGAUGGUCCUCGUCCUUGGCAAGCCCGGGUCCGGAUGCACCACCUUCCUCAAGACCAUUGCCAACCAGCGGUACGGGUACACGAGUGUGACCGGCGAGGUCUUGUAUGGCCCGUUCAACGACAAGGAGUUCCGUCAGUACCGCGGCGAGGCCCUCUACAACGAAGAGGACGAUGUCCACCACCCGACCCUCACCGUCGAGCAGACGCUCGGCUUUGCGCUGGAUGUCAAGACCCCGGGCAAGCUCCCCGCCGGCCUCGACAGACGGCAGUUCAAGGAAAAGGUCAUCACGAUGCUCCUGAAGAUGUUCAACAUCGAGCAUACUCGCAAGACCAUCGUCGGCAACUCGUUCGUUCGCGGCGUUUCCGGUGGCGAGAGGAAGCGGGUCUCGAUUGCCGAGAUGCUGGUCAGCAACGCCUGCGUUCUCUGUUGGGACAACAGCACCCGCGGCCUCGAUGCCUCGACCGCCCUCGACUUCAUCAAGUCUCUGCGCAUCCAGACCAACCUGUACAAGACGACCACCUUCGUCUCUCUGUACCAGGCCUCCGAGAACAUCUACAGCCUGUUCGACAAGGUCAUGGUCAUUGACGAGGGCAGGCAGGUGUAUUUCGGGCCGGCUUCCGUGGCCCGAGCCUACUUCGAGGGGCUCGGCUUCCUCCCCCGGCCCAGGCAGACCACCCCGGACUACGUCACCGGAUGCACGGAUGCUUACGAGCGCGAGUAUCAGGAGGGCAGGUCCGCCGAGAACGCCCCGCACAGCCCGGAGACCCUGGAAGCGGCCUUCAGGGAGUCCAAGUUUGCCAGAGACCUGGACGAGGAGAUGUCCGAGUACAAGAAGAAGCUGGCCGAGGAGGCCCAGAGGUACGAGGACUUCCGCGUCGCGGUUCGCGAGCAGAAACGCCGUGGCGCCUCCAAGAAGUCGGCCUACUCAGUCGGCUUCCAUCAGCAGGUGUGGGCGCUCAUGAAGAGGCAGUUCCUGCUCAAGCAACAAGACGUCCUCGCCCUCGUGCUCUCCUGGCUGCGCAACAUCAUCAUCGCCAUCGUCCUCGGUACGCUCUAUCUGAACCUCGGUCACACGUCCGCCAGCGCCUUCUCCAAGGGCGGCCUCCUCUUCAUCUCGCUGCUGCACAACGUCUUUAGCUCCUUCUCCGAACUGGCCGGCACCAUGACCGGCCGUGCCGUCGUCAACAAGCACCGGGCAUACGCUUUCCACCGACCUUCGGCGCUCUGGAUCGCCCAGAUCUUUGUCGACCAGAUCUUCGCCGCCACUCAGGUCAUGGUGUUCGCCAUCAUUGUCUACUUCAUGACCAACCUGGCCCGGGACGCCGGCGCCUUCUUUACCUUCUACCUGCUACUCCUCUCGGCCAAUAUGUCCAUGACCUUGUUCUUCCGCAUCCUAGGGUGCAUCAGCCCGGACUUUGACUACGCCGCCAAGUUCGCCACCGUCGGCAUCACCUUGAUGAUCACCACCGCUGGUUAUCUCAUCCAGUGGCAAUCCGAAAAGGUGUGGUUGCGGUGGAUUUACUACGUCAAUGUUGUCGGUCUCACCUUUAGCGCUUUGAUGGAGAACGAGUUCUCGAGGUCCAACAUGACAUGCACGGCCGAGUCGCUGAUCCCCGCGGGUCCCGAAUAUACCGACAUCGAUCACCAAGUUUGCACCCUUGCCGGCUCUCGCGCUGGUACGCUUGAGAUUUCUGGCAAGGAUUACAUCGAGAAGGGCUUCUCAUACAAGCCCGGCGAGCUGUGGCGCGACUGGGGUAUCGUCGCCGCCAUGAUUGUCUUCUUCCUGUGCCUGAACGUCGUCGCGGGCGAGCUUGUCCGACACGGCAUGGGGGGCAACCAGGCCAAGGUGUUCCAGCGGCCAAACGCGGAGCGCAAGAAGCUCAACGAGGAGCUGCUGCGGAAGAAGGAGGAGAAGCGCAAGGCCCGAGGCGAGGAAUCGGACACGUCUGACCUCAACAUCAAGUCGGAGAGCAUCCUGACGUGGGAGAACCUCUGCUACGAAGUGCCCGUCCCCGGCGGCACCCGCCAACUCCUCGACCACGUCUUCGGCUACGUCAAGCCCGGUCAGCUCACGGCCCUGAUGGGCGCCUCGGGAGCGGGGAAGACUACGCUGCUGGACGUGCUUGCCGCUCGCAAGAACAUUGGCGUGGUCACCGGCGACAUCCUGGUGGACGGCGUCAAGCCGGGCAAGGAGUUCCAGCGUGGCACCUCGUACGCCGAGCAGCUCGACGUCCACGACCCGACGCAGACCAUCCGCGAGGCCCUCCGGUUCUCGGCCGACCUCCGCCAGCCGUACGACGUGCCGCGCGAGGAGAAGUACCGCUACGUCGAGGAGAUCAUCGCGCUCCUGGAGAUGGAGAGCUUUGCCGACGCCGUCAUCGGCACUCCCGAGGCCGGCCUGACGGUCGAGCAGCAGAAGCGGGUCACGAUCGGCGUGGAGCUGGCGGCCAAGCCGGAGCUCUUGCUCUUCCUCGACGAGCCGACCUCGGGUCUCGACAGCCAGAGCGCCUUCAACAUUGUCCGCUUCCUCAGGAAGCUCGCGGCUGCGGGCCAGGCCAUCCUCUGCACCAUCCACCAGCCGAACGCGGCCCUCUUCGAGAACUUCGACCGCCUGCUGCUGCUCAAGUCGGGCGGCCGGUGCGUCUACUUUGGCGACAUUGGCAAGGACGCGUGCGUGCUGCGCGACUACCUCAAGAGGCACGGCGCCGAGCCCAAGGAGACGGACAACGUGGCCGAGUUCAUGCUCGAGGCGAUCGGCGCCGGCAGCUCCCCGCGCAUCGGGAGCCGCGACUGGGCCGACAUCUGGACCGAGAGCCCGGAGCUGGCCAACGUCAAGGAGGAGAUCUCGCGCAUGAAGGAGGAGCGCAAGGCGGCGGGCGCGCGGCGGAACCCGGACCUGGAGAAGGAGUACGCCUCGCCGUUCUGGCACCAGCUCAAGGUCGUGGUCCGCCGGGCCAACCUCGCGCACUGGCGGACGCCCAACUACCUCUUCACCCGCCUGUUCAACCACUUUGUCAUCGCGCUCCUGACCGGCCUGACGUAUCUCAACCUCGACGACUCGAGGCAGUCGCUCCAGUACAGGGUCUUUGUUAUGUUCCAGGUCACCGUCCUGCCGGCCCUCAUCAUCCAGCAGAUCGAGGUCAUGUACCACGUCAAGCGGGCCCUCUUCUUCCGGGAGCAGUCGUCCAAGAUGUACAGCUCCUUCGUCUUUGCCGCCUCGCUGCUCGUGGCCGAGAUGCCGUACAGCAUCCUGUGCGGCCUCUCCUUCUUCCUCCCGCUCUACUACAUUCCCGGCCUGCAGACCGAGGCGUCGCGGGCGGGGUACCAGUUCUUCAUCAUCAUCAUCACCGAGAUCUUCUCGGUCACGCUGGGCCAGGCGCUCUCGGCCCUGACGCCCUCGCUCUUCAUCUCGUCCCAGUUCGACCCCUUCAUCUUCGUCACCUUCUCCCUCUUCUGCGGCGUCACCAUCCCCGCGCCCCAGAUGCCGGCCGGGUACCGCACCUGGCUGUACGAGCUCAACCCGUUCACGCGCCUCAUCAGCGGCAUGGUGGUCACGGCCCUGCACGGUACCCCCGUCCAAUGCGCCCCCGAAGAGCUCAACGCCUUCUCGGCGCCCGCCAACAUGACCUGCGGCGAGUACAUGCAGCCCUUCUUUGACCGCGGCGGGCCGGGCUACCUGGUCAACAACGCGACCCAGGACUGCCAGUAUUGCGCGUACAAAGUCGGCGACGAGUUCUACGGUCCAUUGGGGCUCUCCUUUGACAACCGGUGGAGGGACCUGGGCAUUUACGUCGCGUACAUUGGGAGCAAUCUGAUUAUUCUCUUUGUUGCGAGUCGGUUCCUCAACUACAACAAGCGGUAAAUAAUUGGCCGGGCGUUCUCGUUUCGGUAGUGGCCGCAAAAGCACACAAAAAUCCAAAAGCGAAAAAGCACUUUCGAUUUCCCCUCGGGGUAAUAAAGGGGGUAGGGGCCCCUUGCCUGUCCAUAAGGUGGCCUAUUAUCGUGCAUUCCGAGCGACCCAACAAUACGGGUAAUAGACUAGGCAAGCGUUUAUAGAGGUUAUGGGGUAUUGGUUAAUUACGACACUCGAUUCAUUAUUUUUUUCAUUCACACACAUACUUUCUCGAGGAACGAGAGAGAGUGGCGUGGUGAUUCAAAAGUAAGAUAAUUAUUGUUAUAUAGCAUUAGAUAGGUGACAGCGAAAGAUGGUAUUCUGGAUCAAGUAUGGGGACCAUCAAUGUUGCUCAAGGCUUCCACACUAUCUCUCGCCUCUCUGUUCGUGAUCACUUGCGAUGAUG